AAAAAGUCGAUUGUGAUCCAGCUGCGUGCCUCCUUCAUACGUAAAGAUGAAGCUCUCAACCCAACUCCUCCCUCUUCUCACAACUCUGACACUAGCUUCGCCAAUUGAUCUCAGUCGAUCAAACGUCCACCGAUUAUUCGUACGCCAGGAUAUUCAAACACCAAUAAAUGCUUCUCUUCCCAAUGUUACCAUAUUCGCAACCGGUGGUACUAUUGCGUCUCAGGGCAACAGCAACACACAGACGACCGGCUACUCAAUCGGCCUCGGAGUACAGCAACUUGUAGAUGCCGUUCCCGAACUCCUCAACAUAUCGAACAUUGCCGGCUACCAGAUCUCGAAUGUCGGCUCUGGUAGCAUCAAUGAGACUAUUAGCCUGAGUCUGGCGCAUAUGAUCAAUGCCGAGUUGGCGAAGGAUGAGAUCUCUGGUGUUGUAGUUACGCAUGGAACGGAUACGCUUGAGGAGACUGCUUUCUUCUUGGAGAGUACUGUUAACUCUACGAAGCCUGUUAUUGUCGUCGGUGCGAUGAGGCCAGCCACAGCACUGAGUGCGGAUGGACCGCUCAACCUGUACCAAGCGGUUACCCUAGCCGGAUCGCCUGCUGGACGGAAUCGAGGAACUAUGAUCGUACUCAACGACCGCAUCGGCUCCGCAUUCUACACCACAAAGAACAAUGCCAACACUCUCGACACGUUCUUCUCAACUGAGGCCGGGCAACUCGGUGUAUUUAUCAACCAAGUGCCAUUCUUCUUCUUCGCACCAUCCGAACCUGUAGGUCGUGUAGUCUUCGAUGUGACCAACAUCACCGACCUAGCCUCCGUACCAAUUCUCUACGCCCACCAGGAUAUGGACCCCACUCUUUUCAACGCCUCCUAUGCCUCUGGUGCCCAAGGCAUCGUUUACGCUGGAGUUGGCGCAGGAGGCGUAUCUAGCAAAGCGGGUCUGGCUGCUGAGGAGCUCUACAAUGCGACGGGUAUCCCGAUCGUGGCUAGCCAUCGAAGUGCAGAUGGACUCGUACCAGACGGUGACGACUUCACUAUUGCGAGUGGGUUUUACAAUCCGCAGAAGGCGAGGAUCUUGUUGCAGUUGGGACUGACGAUGGGAUGGGGCGAGGAGGAGAUUAGAGAAGCUUUUGCAUUGAGUUAUCCUGCGCCGUAAGAGGUGUUCGUUGUUUUUUUUAGCAGAAUCGAAAAUGUUCAUGAGGCAAAGCAACUGCAGCCUAACCCGUCUCGUUC